GCAUGCAUUUGAUGCCCAAGGUCCUGGGCAGUGGCGGUCUUUAGCAACCCAUGAGUGAAUCCCAUUUGCCCCAGGAAGGUCCCCAAAAGGCCUGGCUACUAUAGGUAGCUGGUCACUCCUCUACUCAGACCUCACUGCUGCGGUCCCCCUUUCCAACCGGAGCACUCUCCAACAUGGCCCGGACGCUGUGGCUCUUCUUUAUCACCGUCUAUUCAGGAUCCUGUGCUCUCUGGGUGUAUCAGCCCCCUGAGAUUCACGCCCAGGAGGGCACCCUUGCUGUCCUGCCCUGUUCUUUCAAUGCCAGCCAAGGGACAGAGGCCAUUGGCUCCGUCACAUGGUACCGAGACAAGGUGGCCCCACGGAUGGAGGUGAGCAACGUGACCCCAGAGUUCAGGGGCCGUGUGGCCUCCUUUGCUGUUGCUCCCCGAUUCAUCAGGGAUCACAAGGCUGAGCUGCUCAUCCAGGACACCCGAGGUCAUGAUGCUGGCGUCUAUGUGUGCAGGGUGGAGGUGCUGGGCACGGGCAUCGGGACGGGGAACGGGACUAAGCUGCUGGUGGAGAAAGGACCUCCUCAGCAAGAGGCCGGCACAACACAAGAGACCCACACAGCCCUCUUCCUUCGGGCUGGAUUCUACGCAGUCAGCUUCCUCUCUGUGGCCACGGGCAGCACCCUCUAUUACCAGGGCAAAUGCGAGUCGGCGAGCCAGGGACAAGAGUGGAGGAGACAGAGGGACAGACAGCAAGAAGGCUUCAGGGCUGCAGCUCUGAACAGCCCCUGUUCUUCCCCCCCAGGCCCCCGUCUCAUGGGAACACACAGCCACUCCUCGGACAGCCUCUGAGAAGUGAUUCUAAACCCCAAUUUUUCUCCGGCCCUCAAGAGACCGCAAUGAAUCCUUCACCCACCACUCAUACUUAGAACUCGCGUGUCUUUUCUUUUCCCUUCUCCAGACACCCCAAUACGCCUCUCUCCAGUUCCCCGGCUGUUGGCUCUCCAUUCUACCUGGACUGACCCGGAAAGGUUCAAAGACCAGACUUGCUGGCUGUAACUCCCAGAGCACUCACGCCCACCGCACACCCACUUCUAUAAGCGAGGCUGCCGCUAAGUGGAGGUUAUCAGGCUGGUUCGUCUGGUCCGGACCACAGGCUGC